AUGACACCUGCUCUGUGCAUUUUGUUAGGUUGCAGCAGUUGUCUUCGUGUUUUGCCUCCGCCUGACGAUGCACUGAGUCAAGACCUUGAAGAAGAGACGGCGGCGAUGGCUGAGAGUAGAGCUGCGAGUAUGCACACGAAUGUCCAGGCUCACGCGGAAGAGGAGGAGGUAGCGGUGGUGGCGGCGGCGGGAGAGAUUGAGACUGAAGUCGACGUUGAUCUGGAUCGGACAAAGUCCAAGUUCAACAAUCAGGGUCAUACUUCUCAAGUUUCCUUAAAACCCAACCGGGAUCGGUCUCCUCAACCCAUAUCACCGCGGUGUGUAUGGCCCUCUCCGGUGCGGAAGACAGGUUCUUGCGGCUUCGAUUUGCCAGCAAUGUCUGGCUUUAAGGUCUCUUCCCGCUUCAGCCGAGUCUGUGAGUUAUACACGAUCUCCCAUGAACUGUAG